GCACACACUGACAGAGGGAGGGGACACAGCGGGGCGGUGUGUGUUUUCACUGUGUGUGUGCACGCGGUGACCUGCAGGACACACACUCCCGGAGGCGUGGAGUGACUCCGCUGCAGGUCUGCGGCGGGACCGGGAGCUGGAGCGGGACCGGGGCCCGGGCCGGGUGUGUAUCCGCCUCGGGGCGCUGCUCUCCCGGCUCUCACUCUGCGAACUGCCGAAGAGGUUUUUCCAGUUGUUGACAUGCAGACGGCGGCGGGGGAGAACUUCUCUCCUCUUUCCUGAACUUUUCUGCUCUGACACUUGCGCGGGGAGGAGGAGGAGGAGGAGGAGGAGGAGCAGCAGGAGGCUCGGUGCCUGCCGGCUCCUCUCCGCGCGCCUCAGCCGCUCUCCGGUGCGCGUGUGCGCGGUGAAGCAGCGGCAGGAUGUCGGACUCGGCCUCCAGCUUCCUCCACAUCGGAGACAUCGUGUCUCUGUACGCGGAGGGAUCCGUCAACGGCUUCAUCAGCACGCUGGGGUUGGUGGACGACCGAUGUGUGGUGGAACCUGCUGCUGGAGACCUGGAGAAUCCUCCAAAGAAGUUCAGAGAUUGCCUGUUCAAGGUUUGUCCGAUGAGCAGGUACUCUGCUCAGAAACAGUUCUGGAAAGCCAAACAAGCCAAACAUGAGAAGGACAAGAUCGCCGACGUCGUUCUUCUGCAGAAGCUUCAGCACGCUUCAAACUUGGAACAGAAGCAGAAUGAGACGGAAAACAAGAAAGUUCACGGAGACGUGGUUAAAUACGGGACUGUGAUCCAGCUGCUCCACAUGAAGAGUAACAAAUACCUGACGGUAAACAAACGCCUGCCGGCCCUGCUGGAGAAGAACGCCAUGCGGGUCACGCUGGACGGGACGGGCAACGAGGGCUCCUGGCUCUUCAUCCAGCCUUUCUGGAAGCUGCGAGCCAACGGAGACAACGUGGUGGUUGGAGACAAAGUGAUCCUGAACCCGGUGAAUGCGGGCCAGCCGCUGCACGCCUCCAACUACGAGCUGAGCGACCAUCCGGGGUGCAAAGAGGUCAACUCUGUGAACUGCAACACAAGCUGGAAGAUCAACUUGUUCAUGAUGUUCAGUGACCACAGAGAGGAAGUCCUCAAAGGAGGCGAUGUUGUGCGUCUCUUCCACGCCGAGCAGGAGAAGUUUCUGACCUGCGACGAGUACAAAAGCAAACUCCACGUCUUCCUGCGCACAACUCUCAGACAGUCGGCCACGUCAGCGACCAGCUCCAACGCCCUGUGGGAGGUGGAGGUCGUCCAUCAUGACCCGUGUCGCGGGGGGGCCGGACACUGGAACAGCUUGUAUCGUUUCAAACACCUGGCGACAGGAAACUACCUGGCCGCAGAGGAGAACCCUGGUUAUAAAGGAGACAACGGUGAGCUGUCUUCCUCGAUGGACGGCAGUCGCAGCAGCAAGCGCUCCCAUGGCGAGCGCAUCAAGUACAAGCUGGUGGCGGUGCCUCACGGGAACGACAUCGCCUCGCUGUUCGAGCUCGACCCCACCACGCUGCAGAAGACCGACUCCUUCGUCCCACGGAACUCGUAUGUCCGGCUGAGACAUUUGUGCACCAACACGUGGAUUCAGAGCACCAACGUGCCGAUCGAUAUUGACGAGGAGCGACCGAUCAGACUAAUGUUGGGGACGUGUCCCACUAAAGAAGACAAGGAGGCGUUUGCCAUCGUGUCCGUCCCGGUGAUGGAGAUCAGAGAUCUGGACUUUGCUAACGAUGCCAGUGCAAUGCUGAGCACCGUGGUGGACCAGUUCAACCAGGGCUUCAUCAGUCAGAACGAUCGCAGGUUUGCCAUCAAGCUGCUGGAGGAUGUGGUUUUCUUUGUGGCGGACGUUAUCAACAGCGGUCAGGCGGUGCUGGACGUCGUCAUGACGAAGGCCAACCGAGAGAGACAGAAACUCAUGAGAGAGCAAAACAUUCUGAAACAGAUCUUUGGCAUCCUGAAGGCCCCCUUUAAGGACCGUUCAGGAGGUGAAGGUCCUCUGCUGCGACUGGAGGAGCUGGCGGACCAGAAGAACGCUCCCUAUCAGUACAUGUUCCGACUGUGUUACCGAGUGCUGCGACACUCACAGGAGGACUACCGCAAGAACCAGGAACACAUCGCGAAGCAGUUCGGGGUGAUGCAGAGUCAGAUCGGAUACGACAUCCUGGCCGAGGACACCAUCACCGCUCUGCUGCACAACAACCGCAAACUGCUGGAGAAACACAUCACCAAGACCGAGGUGGAAACAUUUGUCAGCCUCGUCCGCAAGAACCGGGAGCCCAGGUUUCUUGACUACCUGUCCGACCUGUGUGUUUCCAACAACGUGGCCAUCCCCGUCACUCAGGAGCUGAUCUGUAAAUGUGUGUUGGAACCCAAAAACCAGGACAUCCUCAUCAAAACAGAGCGCCGUGUCCCUAGAGAAACGCCCCCCAGUGGGGUUUCAGGAGGAUACAUGGGGAUGGACGACUACGCAGAUGAAGACGAGGUGUGGCUGAUGUGGACAGAUAAGACCAAUGAGAAACAGGAGAAGAGCAUCAGACAGCUGGCUCAAGAGGCCCGACAAGGAAACGCCCACGACGAGAACGUCCUCACCUACUACAGGUACCAGCUGAAGCUGUUCGCCCGGAUGUGUUUGGACCGUCAGUAUCUGGCCAUCGAUGAGAUCUCCAAGCAGCUGGACGUGGAGCUCAUCUUUCUCUGCAUGAUGGACGAGACACUGCCCUUCGACCUGCGGGCGUCCUUCUGCCGCCUCAUGCUGCACGCCCACGUGGACCGAGACCCUCAGGAGCUGGUGACGCCCGUCAAGUUCGCCCGCCUCUGGACGGAGAUCCCCACCGCCAUCACCAUCAAAGAUUAUGACUCCAACAUGGAUGACAGCCGAGACAACAAGAAGAACAGAUUCUCCAACACAAUGGCCUUCAUGGAGGAAUAUCUCAACAACGUCCUCAAUGAUGAACUGCCGUUCCACAAUGAGGAGAAGAACAAACUCACCUAUGAGGUGGUGAGUUUGGCUCGACAUCUCAUCUACUUUGGUUUCUACAGUUUCUUUGAGCUUCUCAGACUCACCAGGACUCUGUUGGGAAUCAUCGACUGCAGACCCAACCUCGUACACGGUGGACCCGUAUUCCACGACGAGGCAUCAGGAAAGAACGUGAAGCGCUCCAUUCACGGGAUGGGUCAGAUGAUGUCCACCAUGGUCCUCAACAGGAAACAGUCCAUAUUUGGAGGUGCCGGUCAAAGAGGGGCGGGGCUGGGGGCCGUGCUUGAUGGACAGCGGGGUGGUAAGGACAGUAUCGAUAAGAUGGACCUGACAGUCAUGGACACCAAACUAAAGAUACUGGAGAUCUUGCAGUUCAUCUUGAACGUGCGUCUGGACUACCGCCUCUCCUUCCUGCUCUCCGUCUUUAAGAAGGAGUUUGUGGACGUUUACCCGAUGGCUGACGCCGACGCCACCACCAACAUGGAGCACGCAGCCACCAUCAACCUGCAGCACAUCGGCGAGCAGGCGGAGGCCAUGUUCGGAGUGGGGAAGGGGAACAGCAUCCUGGAGGUGGACGACGAAGGUGGUCGUAUGUUUCUGCGAGUGCUGAUCCACCUCACCAUGCACAACUACGCUCCGCUGGUAUCCGGAGCGCUGCAGCUGCUCUUCAGACACUUCAGCCAGCGGCAGGAAGUGCUGCACACCUUCAAACAGGUCCAGCUGCUGAUCUCGGCCCAGGAUGUGGAGAACUACAAGCUGAUCAAGGCAGAUCUGGAUCGCCUGCGGACGCUGGUGGAGAAGUCUGAGCUGUGGGUGGAGAAGAAAAGCUCUGGAGGAGGAGACGGGAAGAAGGACAAGAAAGACAAGAAGGAGAAAGGAGAGAUGGAGACAGAAGCAGUUGCACUUGGAAGUCUCGGAAAUCCAUUCUUCAUGGGGGCAACAGAGGACGCCACACCUAAGAAAGAGAAAGUGGAGAAGGGUAACGAGAACUACCAGAAAGUCAAAGAGAUCCUGGAGAGGCUGAACAAGAUGUGCAGCAGUGGAGUGUGGAAGAAGCAGCAGAGGCUGCUGAAGAACAUGGGCGCUCAUAAAGUCAUGCUGGACCUGCUGCAGGUCUCCUACGACCAGAACGACGCGAAGAUGCUGGAGAUCAUCAGGUACACGCACCUGUUCCUGCAGAAGUUCUGUAUGGGCAACCAGGAGAACCAGACUCUGCUGCACAAGAACCUCAACCUGUUUCUGAACCCCGGGCUCCUGGAGGCAGAGACGGUGCAGCACAUCUUCAGCAACAACUACCAGCUGUGCAGUGAGAUCUCGGAGAGCGUCCUGCAGCAUUUCAUCCACUGCCUGGCCACACACGGACGCCACGUCCACUACCUCAACUUCCUGCACACCAUCAUCAAGGCCGAGGGCAAAUACGUGAAGAAGUGCCAGGACAUGAUCAUGACGGAGCUGACUAAUGCUGGGGAGGAUGUGGUGGUCUUCUACAACGAUAAAACCUCCUUCGGUAAGAUGCUGGAUCUGAUGGCGGAGAGCAGGGAGGGCGUCGGCGAAAACAGCCCGCUCAAGUAUCACAUCUCCCUGGUGGAGCUGCUGGCCGCCUGCGCUGAAGGAAAGAACGUCUACACCGAGAUCAAAUGCACCUCGCUGCUGCCCCUAGAGGAUGUGGUCAGAGUGGUCACCCACGAAGACUGUAUUACAGAGGUGAAAAUCGCCUAUGUGAACUUUGUGAAUCACUGCUACGUGGACACGGAGGUGGAGAUGAAGGAAAUCUACACAUCAAACCACAUCUGGAAACUGUUUGAAGACUUCACCGUGGACAUGGCCCGGGUCUGUAGUAACCGUGAGAAGCGCCUCGCCGAUCCCGUCCUGGAGAAAUACAUCAUCAACGUGGUCUUCGACACCAUCAACGCCUUCUUCAGCUCGCCGUUCUCGGAGAACAGCACGUCGCUGCAGACGCAUCACACCAUCGUCACCCAGCUGCUGCAGUCCUCCGUCCGGCUGCUGGACUGUCCCUGGCUGCAGCAGCCGCACCGCGUCCAGGUGGAGGCCUGCAUCAAGACGCUCGCCAUGACAGCUAAGAAUCGCUCCAUCUCGCUCCCUCUGGACCUGGAGGCUCAGAUCAACUCCAUGCUGUCCAGCUCAGCUCUGAACUCCCUGUCACGCUCCAACCCCAACUACAAGGCCAUGUCUCGCUCGUCCAGACCCAGCGCUCCCAGCAACCCCUGGGACUACAAGAACAUCAUUGAGAAGCUGCAGGACAUCAUCAACACCCUGGAGGAGCGUCUGAAGCCACUGGUCAACGCCGAGCUCUCCGUCUUGGUGGACGUCCUUCAUCAGCCCGAGCUGCUCUUCGUGGUCGGGACCGACGCCCGGCAGCGCUGUGAGUCCGGAGGCUUCAUCUCCAAGCUCAUCCAACACACCAAGUCUCUGAUGUCGUCCGAUGAGAAGCUGUGUAUCAAAGUGCUGCGGAUGCUGCAGGAGAUGCUCAUCAGGACGCUGGACUUCGAUGACAAGGGAAUCAUGCUGAGGAAAGUGUUACUGCAGAACUACCUGUUUCCCAACAAGAAGAACACCCCGAAGAACGACCUGGCCGAGCUGGGAGCUGCAGGCGCCGAGCAGGAGCGGGACUGGGCGGCGGUGGCGACGGUUCAGUGUCGUCUGGACCGUGAAGGAGGAACGAAGCUCUUCACUGAUCUGGUGAUGAGCACCAAGAACGACAAGAUCUUCCAGGAGAGCAUCCAGCUGGCCAUCUGCCUUCUGGAGGGAGGAAACACAGAGAUACAGAAUUCCUUCUACAAACUGAUGAUGGGCGACAACAAGUCAGAGAAGUUCUUCAAAGUCCUCCAUGACCGCAUGAAGGAGGCUCAGACCGACAUCAAGGCGACGGUGUCUGUGAACGUGGGGGAGAUGACCCACAAAGCCAACGAGAAGGAGCUGGACACCGGAUCUGGAGGCCUGGUUCUUCCUGGUUCAGCAGGACACCCCUUAUUGGUGCAGGGUCAGUCCAUCGCCCCGGUAACGGGAACCGCCGCCGUGCCGGCUCAGCCGGCGGCGGAGCAGCGAGAGGUGGAGAUGGAGAUGGGGCCGGCUGUCACCAUCAUGAAGCCCAUCCUGAGGUUCCUCCAGCUGCUCUGUGAGAACCACAACCAGGACCUGCAGAACUUCCUGCGCUGCCAGAACAAUAAGACCAACUACAACCUGGUGUGUGAGACCCUGCAGUUCCUGGACAUCAUGUGCGGGAGCACCACCGGCGGCCUGGGGCUGCUGGGCCUCUACAUCAACGAAUCAAACGUCCACCUGAUCACCCAGACGCUGGAGACCCUCACAGAGUACUGCCAGGGUCCCUGCCAGGAGAACCAGACCUGCAUCGUGACCCACGAGUCGAACGGCAUCGACAUUAUCACGGCUCUGAUCCUGAACGACAUCAGCCCGCUGUGCCGGUACCGGAUGGAGAUGGUUCUGGAGCUGAAGGACAACGCCUCCAAGCUGCUGCUGGCUCUGAUGGAGAGUCGCCAUGACAACGAGAACGCAGAGAGGAUCCUAUUCAACCUGCGACCUCGAGAACUCGUGGAGGUGAUCAAGAAGGCCUACCAUCAGGAGAGUGAGUGUGAGGGCUUGGAGGUCUCUCCGCGGGAGGUCGGACACAACAUCUACAUCCUGGCUCAGCAGUUGGCGAGACAUAACAAAGUCCUGCAAAACCUCCUGAAGCCUCUGAAGAAGAUCAAAGAGGGCGAAGAGGGCAUCUCCUCCAUGUUGAACCUGAACAAGCGGCCUCUGUCUCAGAUGUUAAAGUCAACGGCUCCAGCUGCUGUGGUGGAACAAGAUCCGCUGGAAUACUACGACCAGCUCACCUCCCAGAUUGAGAUUGUGCGAGAGGACCGCAGCAUGGAGCAGAUUGUGUUUCCGGUUCACCCGAUCUGUGAGUUCCUGACCGAGGAGUCAAAGUUCAGAGUCUUCAACACCACCGAGCAGGACGAGCAGGGGUCGAAGGUCACGCACUUCUUCGAGCAGACGUCCUUCCUGCACGGGGAGAUGGAGUGGCAGAAGAAGCUCCGGAGUAUGCCGGUGUUGUACUGGUUCUCCAGGAGGAUGACCCUCUGGGGAACCAUCUCCUUCAACCUGGCCGUCUUCAUCAACCUCAUCAUCGCCUUCUUCUACCCGUACAACUCAGGACAAGCCGGAGCCAUCGAUGACUCCAUGCUGCUGAUGCUCUUCUGGGUCCUGACCGGGCUCUCCGUCCUGGCCUUGCUGUCUCAGCGUUACGGCCUCCAGCCGCUGACCCUCGCCCUCAUCCUGCGCUCCAUCUAUCACUUCGGCAUCGGCAACACGCUCAUCCUGCUGGGGUCGCUCAACCUCAUCAACAAAGUGGUGUUUGUGGUGAGCUUCGUUGGGAACAACGGGACCUUCAUCAUGGGCUACAAGGCCAUGGUGAUGGACGUGGAGUUCCUGUACCACCUGGCCUACGUGCUCACCUCCACGCUGGGGCUCUUCGUCCACGAGCUCUUCUACAGCAUCCUGCUUUUCGACCUGAUCUACCGCGAGGAGACGCUGUUCAACGUGAUCAAGAGCGUGACCCGAAACGGCCGCUCCAUCCUGCUGACGGCGCUGCUCGCGCUCAUCCUGGUCUACCUCUUCUCCAUCGUGGGCUUCCUCUGCCUGAAGGAGGACUUCAUCAUGGAGGUGGACCCGCUGCCGCAGAUCGCCGCAGCUCCUCCUCAGAGUGAAGCGUCGCAGGAUUUCCUCAACUCCUGUUCUGCAGACGGAGUCAGCUGCACCGCCGAGAACAGCCAGGUGACCGUCGCCGAGGAGGAAGGAGAGUCGGACUCGGAGCGAGCGUGCGACACGCUGCUGAUGUGCAUCGUCACUGUGCUGAAUCACGGUUUGAGGAACGGAGGCGGAGUCGGAGACGUUCUGCGGAAACCCUCCAAGAACGAGCCGCUGUUCCCGGCCCGCGUGGUCUACGACCUGCUCUUCUACUUCAUCGUCAUCAUCAUCGUCCUCAACCUGAUCUUCGGCGUCAUCAUAGACACGUUUGCCGACCUGAGGAGUGAGAAGCAGAAGAAGGAGGAGAUCCUGAAGACCACCUGCUUCAUCUGCGGCCUGGAGAGAGAUAAGUUCGACAACAAGACGGUGUCGUUCGAGGAGCACAUCAAGCUGGAGCACAACAUCUGGAACUACCUGUACUUCAUCGUGCUGGUGCGCGAGAAGAACAAGACGGACUACACGGGACCCGAGAGCUACGUGGCCCACAUGAUCAAAAACAACAACCUGGACUGGUUUCCACGGAUGCAGGCCAUGUCGCUGGUGGUUACCGACGGCGACGGCGAGCAGAACGAGAUGAGGAUGCUGCAGGACAAACUGGGAGCCACCAUGAAGGUGGUGCUCACGCUCACCUCUCAGCUGAACGAGCUGAAGGAGCAGAUGACAGAGCAGAGGAAGAGGAGGCAGAGGAUGGGCUUUGUGGAUGUUCAGGCGGGAGCGAGCGCUGCGAUGCCUCCCAGCGCCGCCGGGGGAAACCACCAGAUCUACAAAAGUUAAAGAGUGUGUGUGUGUAUGUGUGUGUGUGUGUGUGUGUGUGUGUGUGUGUGUGUGUGUGUGUGUGUGUGUGUGUGUGUGUGUGUGUGUGUGAGAGAGAGAGAGAGAGCGAGAGAGAGAGAGAGAAAGAGAAAUACAGAAAUGAUUAUGCUUUAAUAGUCAUGUAUUUAAGGACCAUGGUAAUUUGAAACACUGUAAACCAGUUUGGUAGAAACACUGGAGUUUGUGGAUAGAAAAAUAACUUUUACUUUCAUUUAUGGAGAGGAAAACUAAGAGCAGAAGGAGCAGACGGAGGAGGACAGAUGGUGAUUUUUUUUUUUUGUUCGAUGUUCAAUGUUGAAGUUUUAACGAGUGUAAAGAGUGGACUUAAGUUCACGAGUUUCCUUUAGACAAACCUGCGAGAGGCGAAGAAGUUGAUGUAAAGGUAGAGUUAAGACGUGUGAGUGAAGCUCAAAUAUUCUGUGUAAACGCUGCAAUAAAACAGUUUGACUGUGA